AUGCUGGUUGGUACGGUCUUCCAGCUGGUGCUUGUCGCCGUCGUGGGCAGUACUGCGACGCGAGCAAGCUGCUCGAUUGCCUUUUGGCUGCGUCACUUUGGCUACUGUCUCAACAUUGGGUCGUUGACUGUCCUUCUUUUCAGGUACAUUCACUUUAAACGUGAUGCUACUCCGUUCACGCGGUGGCUGAAGCGAGAUUUUGCUCAGUUCCAAGCCUUGGCGAUGACCGCUGUGGUGGUGAUGGUCUUGUUCAUCUUUCAGAUUUUCGUGAUGGCCACGAAUGCAGAUCUUGUCUCGGAGGUAGUCAUCACGCCGGCUACGCUUUCAAAUCGGCUGCAGAUCGUAGAGCUCUGCUCGUACUACCAGAGCGGCUGGCACAUUGCACUGGUCAGUCUCGAGGCGCUGCCUGUGCUCACACUGUUUGCCAGCGCCAUUCAGUUCUUUGUCAACCACGAAACGCUCGAAGACACCUUCUAUGCCACGGAAAUGUGGUACGGCGUGCUUAUUGUCGCUGGAUUUUACGUGCUCCAAGUCUUUGAGCUCGUCGCUCGGCAUUUUGCCAGCUCAGCAAUCGAUUUUGGCUUUGCGAUCGAGUCGUUAACGACGCUCAUCCCUAUUUCGGCCGAGCUUGCUCUCAUCUUUGAGCGCCGUCGCCGGAUAGAGCUGUCGACCACGGCUGUCGGCGCCAUCCAGAAUCAUUUCGUCACGCUCGAGGACGACGACCCCAGCGACGAGCUCUCCAAGUCUGGCGUCUCGCCGUCGUACAACCCAGAUCCGCUUCGGCUCGACGUGGCCCAGAUGCAGGUCAUCUUUGACGCUCUGAGCUCUGUCGGCCAAAACGACGCCGGCGCUGCCGCAGACAGCAGACACUACCAUCUGCAAGGCUCCGAGUCGCCCUGGCUGCGCUUUGAGUCUGGCCUUCGCGAGCGUUUCCGCGUUGCGUUGCGUCGGUCGACUGCAUUUUGA